AUGGCGACCGACAUGGAUAUCGAUAUGGAUAUCGAUGUUGGGAUUAUGGAUGAAUUGCCCGUUCCAGAUAUGGUAGAUAUUGAGCUCGUUCCGGAUCAGCCUGCGGCACAAAACGAAACCUCAGCUCCAAAUGAUAACUCUGGUCCAGACGCAGAAAAACCUACACCAGAGAAAGUCCACAUCCGCGGGUUGGACAAUCUUACCACUCAGGAUGUAAAGAACUUCGCGCAGCAUUAUUUCACCGAAUACAUUUCACGAGUAGAAUGGAUUGAUGAUUCUUCAUUAAAUUUGGUGUAUGAAAGCAGCGAUAUUGCUGAAGCAGCUCUUCGAAAGUUCUCUGCUCAAGAACUUCCGGAGGAUAUCUCACAGCUUCCAGUCCUACAAUCAUUUCCUGCCAACCCUUUCCCUGAAAACCCUAAAAUCAGCUUACAAGUACGCAUUGCCGUGGUCGGAGAUCGUAAACAGAGAGGAGCCCGAGAAAGAAGUCGCUUCUACCUUUUCAAUCCCGAACAUGAUCCCGCAGAGCGCAGAAAGCGCGAGGGUGGACGAAGAUAUCGGGACCGAGAUGAUGACGGGUAUAGAAGUCGGAGAUAUGACGAACGGGAACAACGCAACCGCCAGCGUGGAGAUGCGGAAGCAGGGUUCAAUGCAAGUCUUUACGACGACGACGAAGCAGCUUUGGCAACUAGAGCUGCAAGAGGUCGUGGACGGUCAGGAUCUGGCUCGCCCAUUAGCGAUUUCAGGGAGCGAACUGGCAAUCGACGAGGCUCCGGUUCGCGAGAGUUGUUUCCAGAUAGGAGUGGAAAUGAUGGAAGAUUGAGAGAUCGAAGCGCAUCGCCCAUGAGGAAUGAGGAUAGAGCUAGAGAUAACAAUAGACGACGUCGAGACACAGCUGCUGCGGAGAACAGGUCGAAAGCUAAGGAUAUUAAAGUUCGCCUCCGCAGAGAAUCUGCUACAAAGGAACUCUUCCCGAGCAAAUUAGGCACUGCUCAACGAAAAUCCGGUGCUUUAGAUUCUGCAGACGAAACAGCAGAUUUAUUCGCAAAUAGAAUGCCUGUCCCAUUUCUUGAUGGGAGCUCAGAUGUACGACCUAGCAAACUCUCAUUGGCAGAAAGGAUUACAUCAGAACAGCCACAGCAAUCGCAAGGCUUUAACAUUCGUGGAACCGCAAAGCCUGCGUCUACUGGGUUCUCUAUCAAAGGCUUAGCAUCCGAUAAUUCAACCAUGAAGGAACUAUUUCCUUCUCGCUCGGGGAGCGGGAACACCGGGAAAGAGCUCUUUUCGGAGAGAUUAGUUGGACGGGGUACAAGAAGGCAGAAGGCCGAAGAUUUAUUUUAUUAG